AUGGCCAAGAUUGGCGAAGUUCUCAAAGCUCUCACUCAAUUACCCACCCAACUUCGUACAGAAUGCAGUCGAUUAUCUGUCGGAUUUCUGUACUACGAUGAGACGGGUGAUUCACCCAGUGGGUGGUCAUGCCUAACUGGAUGUCGUAUUUUGGAUGCUGCCCUGAAGCAUCGUUCCGGCGAAUGUCCUCCAACCGGUGGACCCGCAAUUCAUCGAUUACCGAGUCUGUCCGGGGACAUUGUGGACGAAGGUUCGGCCGCAUCAAGUCGAUCACAUGAUUCGGGCACCGGGGAGAAUUCUCCGGAUAGUCGCAGUCGUCCACCAUCGUCUUGGUUCUCUCAUCCGUCCCUCCGAUCCGACACGUCACAGAGCGGGAUGUGCACAGUGGAUGCGGAAUGUCCAAAGAAAAGGGACAAAUGUUGCCAGGGUCAAUGCAAAGCGGCCAUGUUUCGUGAGGACAUGUUACCUCCGAUCCCAACCGUGCGUAUCCUGGAGGCCAAAUCCCCACCGUCGUUUCUUCUGUCCUGGGAACGUGGCUUACGAAUGCUAAACAAUCUGACCGAACCGAUUGUGUAUGUGCUACAAGUGAAAACCUAUUUCGGUCCCGAGUUCGACAAUCGGUUGUCCAGUGCAUGGAAAACACUGGUCAUGUCCACACUAACCGGUGCCCAGUUAAGCGAGCCAGGUAUGGGUUGGUGGUAUCAGUUUCAAGUGGCCGCAGUCAAUCGCUGGGGCUCUCGUGGUUUCGAGCUCCCCACUCCUCCGGUCCAGUUGACCAGUCAUAAACCUCGACCACCAUCUGCGCCACGAGACUUGUCUGACGGUAUACUGACAUUACAUGCCAACGGGGAAAUUCGAGUAGAGAUACACUGGUCUCCACCGGCUUUGGCCAGCAUUCCAGUGACAGAAUAUCGGAUUUACUGGGGUCCCGACGCCACACACAGUCCACAAGAACCGGGAUUUUCCGAAAAACCCACACAGUUCGUUCAAACGGUGCCUGCCGUGCUUGCAAUGAGCGCUUGGGGCACAGUGCAACUGCGGUCUGAUCCGAGUCAGUUAUUUCUCAAAACUCCUCCAGUCAGUCAUUUGCAUCAGCCUACCAGCUCCGGUUAUCCGGCUCGUGCGGAUCCGUCGAAAUGGACAACCAGUUCCCGGCCAGGUGAACCGCCACAAACACUCGUUGGUCCUCAAUCCGGACCAUACGACGAGGCAGAGGAGACUGCUAUACCUGACCACUCUAUGGCUUGUGUUUGUGAAGGUACAAGUAAGAGUGAAGUCCUCCCUUCGGUGACUGAACGCGAGUCGAGUGGAGGCGGUCUGAAAUCGCGCCUUCAAUUGCACACCGAUCCGGCCAUCUACGACGGAUCUGAUCUUCGUGUCCGCCUGCAGUUGAGCAAACCAAUUUCAAAAGGAGAUUUGCCAGCUCAUCUUAACGUCAUGUCUAACGCGGAACUACAAAACUUACAAUAUAUUAUCCGUUGGACACCACAAGUGUGCAUUGAGACACGAGCCAACUUGCAAGCCCACAGCACAGCCUUAAAAUCAGAUACAGAUGGCAUUGGGUCAGUGAGCUCUCGCCGAUCGUCCACUACCGGGGGGUCGCAAUUCGUCACCCUGAUGCAAAUGGCCGCAGACGAAUUCGGGACCCAAUCCGGUUUGAUCAAUCUGAAUCAGGUGCGUCGGGGUGGACCAAAUGAAACUAUGGUACGAUUUGGAGAAUUACAAUUGACCCGCCUGCAACUGAAUUGCCGCUAUUUGAUCCAGGUGUACAAUGUGGCUUCAACCACACCGCUAGCAGCGGAUAGCCCCGGGGGUAGAAGUCAGAUGCAGCUUGCAGCCUGUCUGUGCACACCGACCUGUACGAAAGUCAGCGUGGCCCCAUGGGUACCGCCUUUGAGCUGUUUCGCCCAAGAAAAGCAAUCCCUGCCGGAACCGCAACAACUAGCACACCGUUUAAUCCAAACCAGUCCGCUUUCAUACAAUAUCACUUGGUUACCGGGACUUUCCGGGACCGGUGAGGAUCCUUCAAGACCGCGAACAAAUCGAUCAAAUCAGUCGGUUACUCUAGCCGAUCCACACAAAAGGGGUACCGAAAUUCAAACUGUUAUUUCCGGUUCCGAACCGACUCGUGACAUUCAUUAUCGGGUUGUGUGGGGACCAAGUCGGGACAAACCGAUCGGGGCAGCCUUGUGGAAAACGUGGCCCGGAUUGAGACCCAGACUGGAUCCCGGAUUGGCGGAAACCAAAGUUCUUCGAAAUGGUGAGACAUCCAUUGUUCUCUCAUCACUUGCCCCGGAAACUCAAUAUGUCGUGAAAAUCCAGGCCAUCACGGGGACAUAUAGACAGUCGGAGUCAGACGGUCCGAUUCCCGUGGACCGAUUAACUGACCCGGGGAUGAACCGAGAGACAAUUCGCAUAUCAAGUUCGCCCAGCGAGCUUUCCCUCUUGGCUAGCAAGGAGGUAUUUCUCUAUUUCAAAACACCACGAACUGCACAGUCGUUCGAGGCAGGGGGCUCAACACAUGGCGAAGAUGCGGCCAGCUAUGAACAGCUGAACUCCCGAUCCGGUGCAGUCGAAUGGCAUCGAGGUAAUCUCGUGCUCCACUCUGACACGGAUCAUCGUGAUUCUGAACUCUCUUCUCUGGAAUCAGGUCUACCACGCGAUUUCCUGACCACAUCACAUGCCACAGCGCAUGCGACAAAUCCACCCGCUCUGAGUCCAGAAGCAAACAAUGGCACUGGUCCUCAUGCUCGCUUCUAA